AUGACCAUAGUUUCACAAAGUCACGGCAGAGACCGGAGCGAGACACGGCAGAGACCGGAGCGAGACACGCCACAAACGGAGGACUACGACCGCCUGCGCCCGCUGUCCUACCCCAUGACAGACGUCUUCCUCAUCUGCUUCUCGGUGGUGAAUCCGGCGAGUUUCCAGAACGUCCGAGAGGAGUGGGUCCCGGAGCUGCAGGAGUACGCCCCCAGUGUGCCCUACCUGCUCAUCGGGACGCAGAUCGACCUCCGCGACGACCCCAAGACCAUCUCCAAACUGAACGACCUGAAGGAGAAACCCCUCACCACAGAGCAGGGGCAGAAGCUGGCCAAGGAGAUCGGGGCGUGUUGUUACGUCGAGUGCUCGGCUCUGACGCAGAAAGGACUGAAGACCGUUUUUGACGAGGCCAUUAUCGCCAUUUUAACUCCCAAACGGAAGAACGCAGCUUUGAAGAGACGCCUGGGCCCAAGAUGCAUCAACUGCUGCCUCAUCACGUGA